AAAAUCAUGAAGGCAUUGAUAAAGGUUUAUAGCCUGGCACUCUAAAUUGUUUUUCCCAAAUAUCAUUUAUAAUCAACAAAAUAGUUUACUAAUAGAAUGGAACUUUCCCUUUCUUUCUUUAAUCCUCCUUAAAAACCAUAAAGUUUUAAUCUUUUUCUCAUUUUCUGCUCUAUUAAGGUUUUGGUUAUGAAUCAAAGUCAAUCAAUGUCUGAAGUCUGUGAAUCUAUGACGAAUAUGGAUUGGAAGCCGAACAAGAGGCAUCUGGUGUUCAAAUGUCCAGACUUCCUUGUUUAGUACUUAAAAAAAAAUGGUGUGGUUUUGAAAUGAUUUUUGAACCAUGGUUGGGAUUUUUUAGUAUUAAGCAGAGUAAAAGAGUGUUUUGAUUGCUACCCAUUUGCUGGAAAUGCACAAUGGACGCAAAGAUCCAGUCUUGUGAUAGAGUUCCUUUUGCUUUGAUUUCACUUGAAGAGAGUUUUAGGUUGCCUUUUUAAACUGUUGGAGCAGUUUUAUUAGUUUAAAGAUGCAGCAAUCUUCUGGGUUGCAUAUGGUUUUGGAGUGUUUUGGAAUUGCUUGAUAAAGCUUGAUGGAGUCCUUAAGGAGGAAGAGAAAGGGCCUAGAAAUUUUGCCUUCAUCUGGCAAGUCCCUCCCUCCAUUAACAGUUAUUUUGUCGCACUUUUCAUUGGGAGAUUAUUCAAGGCAGAGGAAGAAGUACAAGGAAGGUGAGGAUAAAGAAGUUGUAGGUUCUGGUAGAAGUGUAGUUAAAGGUGUUUUCACUGUUCCACCCUGUAGGAGUGUCUCUGCAGAUCCAUCUUGUAGGGGUCUUAAGAGGAAAAUUGGCUGUAUUGAUGCAGCGACUCAAUUGGGCAGGAAGAAAAAAAUUGAGGAAGAGUAUGACUUGGGUGCAUAUAUUGGGCAAGGAAAGUUUGGGUCAGUGGUUCUGUGUAGAAGUAAAGUGACUGGAGAAGUGUUUGCGUGCAAAAUGCUGCGCAAGGGAGAGGAACUUGUGCAUCGGGAAGUGGAAAUUAUGCAGCACCUCUCAGGUCAUCCUGGUGUUGUGACAUUGAAGGCAGUGUAUGAGGAUUUAGAAUCUUUUUAUCUUGUGAUGGAGCUCUGUCCCGAGGGACGGUUGCUGGACAAGAUGGCUAAGGAAAGGCAGUAUCCAGAGCACAGAGCUGCUAAUAUUCUUAAGGAAAUUGUUUCAGUUAUCAAAUAUUGCCAUGACAUGGGCGUUGUUCAUCGGGACGUAAAGCCAGAAAAUAUCCUCCUUGCAACCUCUGGGAAGAUGAAGCUAGCUGACUUUGGUCUAGCUGUGAGGAUGUCAAAUGGUCAGAGCCUCAGAGGUGCAGUUGGAAGUCCUGCUUAUGUUGCUCCAGAAGUUUUAGCCGGUGAUUAUUCCGAAAAGGUUGAUAUCUGGAGUGCUGGUGUCCUGCUUCAUGCUCUGUUGGUUGGUGUGCUUCCAUUUCAAGGUGAUUCGUUGGAAGCUGUGUUUGAGGCCAUUAAGAAGGUCAACCUUGACUUCAAAAGUGAAUUAUGGGAAUCAGUAUCUCAACCUGCACGGGAUUUGAUUGCUCAUAUGUUGACGAGGGAUGUUUCAGCAAGACUAACUGCUGAUGAAAUACUUGGACAUCCAUGGAUCGUGUUCUAUACAGAACCAACACAAAAGGAACUUACCCCAAAAUCAAAGUUUCAAGACCAUGUAACACUGACUUCUCAACAACUAACUCUCGCAACUGAAUUGGAGUCGGAUCGAUCCAAGAUAACAGCCAGUGGCUUUCUCAGUGAUGACUGUAGCCCACUUUUAUCAUCUGAUGGUUCAAGGUCAAGGUUGGAAGAGCACGACUGUGGAUUGAUUGAUGCUCUCACAGCGGCAAUAUCACGAGUGAGGAUAUCUGAGCCAAAGAGAAGCAGGUUGUGUUGGCCUACAAGCCCUAUCCGGCAAGAGUGUUCCUCUAACAUUAAGAUUAACAACCUCUGUACAGCAUUUUGACCCUCCAGUGUAAAAAUGCUGACUCAGCUGCCAGGCAUUGCCAUAGUUGUAACUGGAAUUCGAAGACAACUGUGGCUGGAGAUUUCUUGCAACUUAGAGAAGGAACUAAAGACCGCAACAAUAAAACACCUUUCAGGUGAAAGGAAGUGGUAACUCAUUUUUUUCCUUUAUCUGUAAGAAAGUGGUAUUUUAUCGACGAGCUCCUGUUUUGACUCCUCUCCGUAUCUUGUCUGACCUGGAAUGCUAGGAAAAUGUGGCUUCUAAGCUUCCUGUGUAAAUAGCAUUUCUUACUACUUGUUAUGUUUAACUGAAGCUUCAGUUCAAUGUUAAUUUUUUCAACAAAUAAAGCCUAACAUGAAAGCUGUGUGCGAUUUCGAGUUGCAGAA